AUGUCCUUCUUCGGCUUCGGCAAGAGCAAGGACCCAGCAGCAGAGCCCACAGCCUCUUCCUCCGAGUCGUACUCGUAUGAAGAGCCUUCGUACGACUACAGCACGCCGUCGGUUCCUUCAUCCUUCGACUCCUCUGCCUCGUCACAUUCACUCGGCACGUCCUCGAGUGCGGCGGAGAUGCAGCGGGUGAUCAUGGAGGAACAGCAGCGCGUGCUGAUCCAGCAAGCCAUCUCCAAGAUCACGGCGCUGGCCUGGGACAAGUGCAGCGCCAGUAAACCCGACGCGGAGCUCUCGUCCAAGGAGAAGGACUGCAUCAAGAACGUGACGCUGGCGUACUUGGACACGAGUAUGUUUGUCGUGCACCGCAUCAACAAGUCCAGCAGUGCGUGA